AUGGAUCGUAGCAUUGAUCGUCGUCUCUGUGGACACUGUCACCAAUCAAUUGGAAGUGAGGCGCUUGUCGCCAUGAAUCGUCUCUGGCAUCCGGACCAUUUCACGUGCUCUUCGUGCAAACGUCCGAUCAAGCAGACGUUCCAGGCUGCGGACAACCACGCCUACUGUGUGCAGUGUUUUGCUCAAAAGUACAAUCAAAAAUGUGCUGGAUGCAUGGAAACUCUCGUCGACACGUGCCUUCUUGCUUUGGACCGUCACUAGCAUCCACGUUGCUUCACGUGCUCCUCGUGCAAUCGUCCGUUGCCAAAUGGAGAGUUCUACCUGGUUGAUGAUAAGCCGUACGAUUUGGAUUGUCACUGGGCAAAGCGUCUCAAGAAGAGAGAGCACAUGGAGCGUGGUGAACGUUAGGA